UUCGUGCCAAGAUGUCCAUCGGUGUGCCGAUCAAGGUCCUGCACGAGGCCGAGGGCCACAUUGUGACGUGUGAGACAAACACAGGCGAGGUGUACCGGGGGAAGCUCAUAGAGGCAGAGGACAACAUGAACUGCCAGAUGUCCAACAUCACAGUCACCUAUAGAGACGGCCGGGUGGCACAGCUGGAGCAGGUGUACAUCCGUGGCAGCAAGAUCCGCUUCCUGAUACUUCCGGACAUGCUGAAAAACGCGCCCAUGUUAAAGAGCAUGAAGAAUAAAAACCAGGGGUCCGGGGCUGGCCGGGGGAAAGCUGCGAUCCUGAAGGCCCAAGUGGCUGCAAGAGGAAGAGGACGUGGAAUGGGACGUGGAAACAUCUUCCAGAAGCGAAGAUAAUGUAUCUGUUGAACAGAACUUUGCCCUGGUUUUGUCUUUUAGGUUAGCUGGGUAGAAGGGACAGGGGGCU